AUGUCAGCCGUCGAGCGACAAGCUUUCCUCGAAGAGGUCAACUCAAUAGAUGACAAAGAUAUUUUGAGACGUAUGCUGAUCGAAAAAGAACAAGAAAAAGAGACUAUAGUUACUAAUUUAGAUAUUGCAGCACGUCUCGGUCUUGUCGUAUCUGAAAAGAACGAAGAGCUACAAUUGAAACUCAACUUGGCGACACAAGGAGAGGCGCAAGCCUAUAUGAAGCUCAAUGCGCUUGAAGAAGAGAACCGACUAUUGUAUUCGAAAGCAUCACGAAGUAACGAGCUUGCGGCGCAACUCUCAGUCAGCGAAGAACAAAUCAAAGUUCUUAAAGAACACAAGAUUUUUCUGCAGAAAGAACUAGACAUUGCCAGGAGAGAGUUGAAGAAAUUCCGAAAGGAGCUUGAUAAUCUCUCAGGACAAAUGAAUGAUAUGACAGACGAUAUGUUGGAGUCGCGCAAUAAAGUUAACACUUACGCUAAGAAGUUGGCUGACGUUGAACAACAUCUAGCCGACACUCAGGAGAUGAAUGUCAAUCUCUCCAUUCAGCUAGAAAAGGCCCUCAGUUCACAGAAGAUCUCUAGCGCGACAACCACUCAAAUUGUCAAAAUGAUACAAGCUGACCUUGGAAGGGUUGUAUUGGAGAAUGAGCAUUUACGAGCCAGCAUUAAUGAAUUGGAAACGCGACAAUUCCAAUGCGAAGGCAAAUUGAGCGAAAUGAUGGUUUCUGCACAGGAAUAUGCCCACUUAUUAGAAGAAGCCCAAGACACUAUACACUCUUUGAGUGAAAACAGGCUUGAAUCUGACAUUGAGAAUCUCGAAAUUUCGCCUGGACGCAGCCGUAAUAAUGCAGCAAAGACCAAAACUAAAGAAUCGCUCCCUCCAAUGAAAGGCACACCUUUCUCCACCGAAGUUGAACAAUCAUUAGAAAAGACUAUUGAAGAACGUCUGAAGUCACAGAUGUCUCCCAGAAUUAACAUCGGUCCGCCUGUAGAUACGAAAAAGGGACUCAAGUAUCUCUUACCCGAAAUUAAAGAGUGCGGAAAAGGGAAAGGCUCCGAGAGAAGACAAUUUAAGGGCUAUGUAGUGCACGCUUACAAUAUCCGUCAAUGA